CAGAAAUGUAUUUCGGUUGAUGGCUGGCCACCAUGUUGACUUUGUAAACGGUUCUCCGGUGCCAUUUGCCCGCACGCAGACUGUUCUUUCCGUGGAUGCACGGAGCGCGAGUGUACCGGUCAAAAUGGUUUAACAGUUUCAAACAUGUCUGAGACCGAGCAGCAGUACAUGGAAACAUCGGAAAACGGCCACGAAGUCGACGAUGAUUUCAACGGAGCCGGCCUCGGCGAGGAGGGGAACGACGACAGCGCCGUGAAUGAGUGCGAGGAGGCUGCGGGGCCCGACGCGGACGCUGACGCCGACGCCGAAGCGGACCUGGACGGGGGUUCGCAGAACGGCGGCAACGAGGGCGGACAGAUCGACGCCAGCAAAGGCGAGGAAGAUGCCGGGAAAAUGUUUGUUGGUGGUCUCAGCUGGGACACGAGCAAGAAGGAUCUAAAAGAUUACUUCUCCAAGUUCGGUGAAGUGACAGACUGCACCAUAAAGAUGGACCAACAGACAGGCCGGUCAAGAGGCUUCGGCUUCAUUCUCUUUAAAGAGGCAGUCAGUGUAGAUAAGGUUCUUGAACAGAAGGAGCACAGGUUAGAUGGACGACAGAUUGACCCAAAGAAGGCCAUGGCCAUGAAGAAGGACCCGAUCAAGAAAAUCUUCGUGGGAGGCCUCAACCCUGAUACUUCAAAGGAGGUCAUUCAGGAGUACUUUGGAACCUUUGGAGAGAUCGAGACCAUUGAGCUUCCCCAAGAUCCAAAGACAGACAAGAGGAGGGGAUUCGUGUUCAUCACAUAUAAGGAAGAGGCUCCCCUCAAGGUUAUGGAGAAGAAGUACCAUAACGUUGGUGGAAGCAAGUGCGAAGUUAAAGUAGCCCAGCCCAAAGAGGUCUACCAGCAGCAGCAGUACGGUUCUCGUGGAUAUGUUGGACGUGGCAGGCCCCGUGGAGGCCAGGGCCAGAACUGGAAUCAAGGCUACAAUAACUACUGGAACCAGGGAUACAACCAAAACUAUGGUUAUGGACAGCAAGGAUACGGAUAUGGCGGCUAUGGCAACUAUGACUACUCUGCUGGUUAUUACGGCUAUGGGGGUGGCUACGACUACAACCAGGGCAAUACAAGCUAUGGGAAAACUCCAAGACGUGGAGGCCACCAGAGUAGCUACAAGCCAUACUGAUCACACGUAGUGCAGGUCUAAAGUAAAUAUGAAAGAGAGAUCCAUGGUCUGACCACAGCGAACAUGGGCUCUGGCUUUUCCUUUGGAGUUGGCAGAAAUUUGGACUCAUGCUCCAUUUGUACAGAUCAAGUGAGGAACUGGGGAAGCAAAUGUCACUUUUCCACUUUUUAUUUUAUAUUGUUUUGUGUCCAUUUACAUUUCCAGUGAUGGAAGUGUUAUUUUUACUGUACUUUUUGGUACCCUUUUGAAUCUAAUGUAUUGUAUGGUUGUAUUUUUACAUGUCUACUGGAUUUACAGAUGAGCAGGAGCAAGAGCUUUUAAAGCUCACAAUAAAACAAGUUUGCUUUUUUUUUAUUUUUUUUGGUGUUUCUAGCUCUUUAGUUACUUUCUCCCGUGCUGAGUGUUGGAUGCGAGUUGCAUGGCUUCAUAUGUGGGGUGAGGUUAAAAUAAGGGAUUUAAACUAAUCAAAGGGGUCAUUGUCAAGUGAAUGUUUGCAGAUGGAAAAGUAGACGAAGACAACCAGCAUCUUCUUUUUUUUUUUUUGGCUUUUAAGGAGAUUCUUCCCCCACCAUGUUUGCAAUUUUAAGUGGCUUUACUAGUGUUAUUCAACUGAACGCAAGCCUGUUAAUGUAAGAGGGUAUUCCCUCUCUCACUGGAAACUCAUUCCUCUAGUGUCUUGGGCAAAUUGGUAGAAAUAAACUUUUGGUUUCUAUUA